AUGACUAAUCCUCAGUCUACAGUAGAAGGUGGUGUUUCAGAAGUUGAAAUAAUUUCACAACAAGUGGAAGAAGAGACCAAAAGCAUUGCUCCUGUACAGCUUGUUAAUUUUGCUUAUCGAGAUCUACCUUUAGCUGCCCUUGAUCUGUCUGUGGCUGGGUCCCAGCUUUUGUCAAAUUUGGAUGAGGAGUACCAGAGAGAAGGAUCUAACUGGCUAAAACCGUGCUGUGGGAGACGAGCAGCUGUGUGGCAGGUAUUUUUGCUCAGUGCAAGUCUCAACGGUUUCCUGGUAGCCUGUGUAGUAUUGGUGGUGAUUCUUCUGACUCUGGAACUCCUAAUAGAUAUAAAGCUUCUCCAGUUUUCAAGUGCUUCACAGUUUGCAGGAGUAAUUCACUGGAUCAGCCUAGUCAUCCUGUCUGUUUUCUUUUCAGAGACUAUUUUGAGGAUUGUGGUCCUUGGCAUAUGGGAUUACAUUGAAAACAAAGUAGAGGUGUUUGAUGGUGCUGUCAUAAUCUUGUCCUUGGCACCAAUGGUGGCCUCAACAGUGGCUAAUGGCCCCAGCAGCCCAUGGGAUGCUAUCAGCCUUAUUAUUACACUACGAAUAUGGAGAGUGAAGAGGAUCAUUGAUGCCUAUGUCCUUCCAGUGAAAGUGGAGAUGGAGAUGAUGAUUCAGCAAUAUGAGAAGGCAAAGGUUAUUCAAGAUGAGCAGCUGGAAAGACUAACCCAGAUCUGCCAAGAACAAGGGUUUGAAAUCAGGCAACUGCGGGCCCACCUUGCUCAGCAGGAUUUGGACCUGGCUGCAGAGAGAGAGGCUGCACUGCAGGUCCCACAUGUGCUGAACAAGCAGAGCAGCAAGAGGUACAAGGUGGUACCAACUGAAGAUUCGGAUGAUGAAGCCACCGAGAACAUCACUGAGUUGCGACCUCCACGAGAGGAUGACAUGAAUAAUUACAUCAGUCGAUACUACAAUGAGCCAAGCAGUGACAGCGGUGUCCCCGAGGCAGCCAUCUGCGUGGUCACCACUGCUGCCAUCGACGUCCACCACCCCAACAUCUCGUCGGACCUUUUCACAGUGGAGGUGCCCAUGCGCCUGGGCAGCACCGGCACGUCUGCCAGCGUCACAUCGGGCAGCGCCUCACGCUCCACUGUCAGCUCGGGCACGCAGGCCUGCAGCGAGAGCA